AUGAAUGAAGAUUGGACAACUAAGAAAGUAGACAAGUAUGUCGUAGUGAACAAAACUUUGGGCCAAGGAGCGUAUGGAAUUGUCUAUAGAGGCUUUUAUUAAGAAGACGAAACUAAGCAAGUGGCUGUAAAAACCAUAAAAAUAGCAACAAUUUCAGACACUCCAAAAAUGAUUGAGUUGAUCAAAAGAGAAAUAGCUAUCCUUCAAAAAAUCAAUCAUCCAAAUAUAGUGAGGUUGUACGAUGUGGCUCGUACGAAUAACUAUUUGUACAUGUUUCUUGAAUAUUGUGCUGACGGUGAUCUCAAAGAUUACAUGGCCAAAAAGGAAGAAAAAAGAUUAAGCGAGCUUGAAGCUGUGAUCUUUAUCAAACACAUUGUCGAAGGAUUUAAGAGAUUGUACAAGCAGAAGAUUAUUCACAGAGACAUUAAACCUGCUAACAUUCUUCUUCACUAAGGAGUGGCUAAAAUUACAGACUUUGGUUUUGCACGUGUGAUGGAUUCAGAAAUGAAUGAUCCUGCUUAUCUCUCAAGAUUAGGUUCCCCUCUUUAUAUGGCUCCCCAAAUUCUUGAAGGCCAGCCAUUCUCAGCCAAAUGCGAUGUUUGGUCUGUUGGAGUUAUGUUUUAUGAACUUCUUUAUGGCAGAACUCCCUGGUCAGCCGAAAAUGCUUACUCGCUACUUGAAAACAUUAAAAAACAAUCACUUAAAUUUCCCCCCAAGCCAGUAAGAUCUCAGAAAAUCAAAGAACUUAUAACCCUAAUGUUGAGAGUUUAAGAAAAGGACAGAAUUUCUUGGGAAGGUGUUUUUGAAGAUCCUACAAUCAAAAUUGAUGAGGAGACUAUCAAAGAGAAUAUGAAAAAUAUCCUGAAAGAAAAAGAUGAAAUUUCCAAGUCCAUUAGUCUUAAUAAAUUAUAUAUUGAUCAAAACUUAGUUGUUGGUUAUUUGGCUAAAAAUCCUAUUAAUACUCUAGAAAACUCUAAUCAAUAAACAUUAGAAGCUUCUGCUGAAGCCAGAUCUCAAUCAGCUAAAUUUUCAAGUCAAUUUGAUUCCGAUUCCAAUGCUGACAUCAUCAUGAGCAAUUACAAAAACGAGAAGAAGAGAAGGGAUGCUAUGCUCAAAUACAACAAUUACUUUUUAUUUGAAAGAAAUAUAGCUUUCUUCUUUAACUUUGUUAUUCAGAAAAUUAUUAAAUUAUAAACGAAAUUAUAGCUAGCAAAUGACAAUUAUUUCAGAUUAAUUUAUUUGAUUGCCAAAAAUCAAAUGGUUCAUCUUGAAAGAGUCAAUCAACAAUUAUAGAGAAAGGAUCAUGAUAAAUUCGAUAAGGAAACUUGGGGCAGAUUUUUAGCAUCCUAAGAAUACUAAAAGUUAAUAUCAUUAAUUUCUAUGGAUAUGAAGCAUUCAUUGGAUUUCUAUACUGAAAUCUCAAAGAAGUGCAACAUAGUUCAAUAAGAAGAAUUAGUGAAUGGAAAAGCAACUGGUCCCACUUCGAGUUUGAUCAAGAAUUUCUUAUCAAUUCAAAACAAUAACUUUGAAGCAAAUGACACCUUCCAUAUGCUCUAUAGAGACAUCAUUGUUGAGAACUUGAAAAACAUCAAAAAUCUAAACAGUAAAGAAACCGAAAUUAAUUUGCUCCUUCUUUACCUUUUAAUAUGCUAGAAUCCAUAUGAGGAAUUUAAAGACAUUAACUAUGACUUCAACACCUUUUAUGAGGAAAUUGAAAAUUUAACUCUUUCAGAAGUACAAGAAAAGCUGCAAAAAAAAGGAUAAAAAUGA